GUCAUGUCUAUGGUCGCAGCCAUGGCAACCACCGCCAGCACCGCCCGGGAGGCUGCUCCAGCCCCUGCCGACAGCCGUGCCCGUGAGCUCGGGCUGCCGGCCGGGAAAGCAGCCGGGAAAGCAGCCGGGAAAGCAGCCGGGAAAGCAGCCGGGGAGCGGCGGAGCAGCAGCGUGCCUCCCCGAUGGGAUGAGCGCGCCUGGGAGACGCUGCUCGGUACCAUGGCAGAGCCCGAGCCCGAGCCCUCAGUGAGGAGGAAAAAAAGCAUAUCCAUCGAGGAAAAAAUUGACAUUAUAAGCGCUGUGGAGAGCGGCAAGAAAAAGGCGGACAUUGCAGCCAAGUAUGGCAUCAAGAGGAAUUCUCUGUCUUCGAUCAUGAAGAAUAAGGAGAAAGUUUUGGAAGCCUUUGAAACUUUACGGUUUGAUCCUAAAAGGAAAAGACUGAGGACCGCUUUUCAUGCCGACCUGGAAGAGGCAUUGAUGAAGUGGUACCGAGUUGCAGAGUGCUUGAAUGUGCCRGUAAAUGGCCCUAUGUUGCGCCUCAAGGCGAAUGAUUUUGCCCAGAAGCUUGGACACAGUGACUUUAAAUGCAGUAAUGGCUGGCUCGAUCGUUUCAAGUCGAGGUAUGGUUUAGUUUUCAGAGCUCAGCCUGCAGAAGCAGCUGCUGGUACUACAGUGGAUGCUCACACUCUUUGGUAUCAAAAUGUGCUUCCUUAUUAUUUAAAUGAWUACCAGCCAAAAAAUGUGUUUUAUAUACAGGAGGCCGGGUUGUUGUAUCAGAUGUUACCACAUAACACUUUUGCAUUUAAAGGGGAAACUUGUUCCGUAGGUAAACAAAGCAAAGAGAGGAUCACUAUAGUGGUGGGUACAAACAUGGAUGGCUCUGAGAAACUCCCGCUGCUUGUUAUAGGAAAACACAAAAAUACACGCUCUCUCAAAGAUACAAAAUCACUGCCAGUGGAUUAUGAAGCAAAUGACAAGGCAUGCAUGACUUCAGGGAUCUUUGAACAGUGGAUGCAUAAACUGGACAACAAAUUUCAAGCACAGCAGCGCCGAGUGGUCAUUCUUGCUGAUUCUGUCCCAGCUCACACAGAAGUAAAGAAUCUGAAGUCUGUCAAAUUAGUGUUCUUUCCUCCAGACUCUUCUUCAUGUAUAGCUAUGAAACAAAAGAUUAUCAGAAGUCUGAAGGUUAAAUACAGGCACUGUCUUAUCAAGAGAUUUGUUGACUGUGUAGAAAGUAAUAAAGAGUUUAUGCUGACUAUUCUUGAUGCAAUUGAAAUGCUGUGCCUGUGCUGGAGGGAAGUAACACCACAGACUCUUGUAAAAAGUUACAAUGGAGCCACUCUCAAAUUAGAAACUGAGCCAAAUGAAAACAACAAUGACGUUGAAAGUGAUUUUGAUUUGAUUGCACACGCACGGGCAGCUGGAGUGGAGUUUCCAGAAGGUUUGUCCUUGGAAGAAUAUGCAGCUCUAGAUGAUGGCUUGGUAACUUAUGAAGUGCCCACAAACAAUGAAAGGAUGUGUGCCAAAGAAAGUGCAUCACAUAUAGCUGAGACAUUUAUUGGUGAUGAAGAUAAGGAUGAAGUUGAUCAACUUCAGGGAGCUGAACAGCCUUCACCAUCARAAAAUGAGGCUUUGAGUGCUUUAGAUACCCUCCGAAAGUUUCUCAGAACUCAAGACACUGAUGAUUCUUUUUAUGAUUCUCUAGCUGAUUUGGAGGAUUUUAUUCAACGUGGAACAUGUGAAUAAAUAUUUUAGCAAAUGGGAAAGCAUGUAAUUGGAAAAAAGGAAAUUAUAUAAGCAAAAAAAGAUAGGCAGUUUAAUAACAAGCAUUGCUGAAAUGUUCUCUGGUGUUGUUUUGCCCAGGUGCCUAGAUGUACAUAAUAAAAUUAUGAAAAAGGGCUAUGAACUGAAAUUUUCCACAAUAUCAGGAGCAAAUAACACAUAUUUGAGGUGGAGAGAGGGAGUACGCUGAACCCCUAAAAUGCUAUCUAUAGUAAAUAGAGUCGAGGCAAAAGAAAAUUUUUGAGCAGUUUGGUGCACUAAGGAUAAACUGUUGAUCACUUGGAAUUCUUUCUUCAACAAGAGGCUAGCACUUCUACACAUCAAUAAUUUCACUGGUGGUUUUUGAUGUUUGACAGUGGAGUAGUAAAUAUUUAUCGCCUUGGUGCAUUUGAUACAUAAAAACUAAAUUCAAUAACACAGAAAAUACAUCCUUAAUUCUGAGAAGUAAGGCAUUUUAUAAAUAUUUUUCAUCCUUCAUCAAGAGUUCUGGCCAUCAUUUAUUCUUGCAGCAGAUGAUGAACAGCAGAAAGUUACCACAGCUUUGGAUGUGUUUUGUUUUCUUAAUGCUACUCAAGUGUGUAUACACUUGAAUGGCAUAAUCAUUUAUCUAAAAGUCAGGAGACAAACAAACCUUUACUUAGUCUUUGAAAAAGUGAAAAUGAAGGUCAUUCUCUGCCUUUCAGCCCUUUUUGUGCAUGGAUUUGCUGUAGGUCCUUCUGUGCAACUCCAUGUAUUUCUACAGUAAAUUCAGAAUAAAAAUGAAAAAUCCRAAUCUUCACUAAAAACCUCACUGAGCAUUUGUUUUAUUUUCAAUACUUGGAAGUUUUGCUCUAGGAUUCAAUGUACUAAUGUGGUUUUUACAAGUCCCACUAAUAAAAGUGCCGUUUGCAUGAUUGCAGUGUGGAGUAAUGUAAAUCACAGUACAUUUACAUGUUUUCAAACAUUUCAAACAACGUAAUCAUGUCAGAGCCAAAAUCCACAGUGUAUAUGACCUUGUGGCUUUUUUCAGAAUCUGGUUUAAAUCUUUUCCAUAUGUAUCAAYUUAAAUUUUUCUCAAAAGUUAGAGAUAAUAAUUUUUCUAAUUUAGAGGAAGAAGAAAAUAUUUUAUGGACACCCUUUAGAAAGCCUSUCUAAUAAAGAAUCUAUUAUGCCUAUAAUUAAACCAUGAGAAAAAAAUCUCAUGUGACUCUUCAGUUUUAAAUAAGUAGUUUGGCUAAAGCAUUGUUUACUCGUUUU